GUGACGCGCCUUCUUCCCAAUUCCACAUUGGCUUUCGAUGUUUUACUUGCUAUACAAGAAUAUUUUGCUCCGUGUGGCUGCGCCUGUCUAAUUGCGAUUCAUCAUCUGUUACCACGACUAAUACCCGAACUUGAGCCCAAGCUUGACCCGUAUCGAGGCGACCGACGAGGAGGGUUCGAGCCGGCCGGCCAUGGCGACCGAAGAUGCAAGAUAUCGAGAGUCGUCACAGUACCAGUUGUGGUCGUUCUCACCCACGCAGCUCGCCGCCAUGCGAGAGAAGACCAACGCCGCCGCGCGUGCGAGUAUAGCAGGGAGACUUGCCUCGAUGCCCCCUCGAGCCUCGACGCCUGCACUGCCCGAGUUCUUGACUCCCGCGGAGGAAGCCUUGCUGGUAACAUUCAACACCUCAGAGCUGCUGCGAGCCGGCGACCACGCGGAGAUGUCGGACGAGAUCAAGGCCACGGCCGCUGCCUUCUUCAGGAGAUUCUACGUCACGAAUAGCAUCAUGACAUAUCCACCGACCGAAAUGCUUAUGGUUGCGUUGUACUUUGCAUGCAAGGCAGAGGGGGUGUUCCUAUCCAUCACCGAUUUCAUCAAGACUUUCGGUAGAGAAAACCCAGAAGAGAUCAUUGCAGGAGAGUUUCUACUUUGCCAAGGUCUGCGGUUUGCAAUCGACGUGAAACACCCUUUCCGAGCACUCAGGGGCUCCAUAAUGGAGCUCAGUGCGUUACCCGAUAUCGAGCCCGCCCGCCUCGCCGCUGCCGAGCACCGCGCCCGCGAGAUCCUCCGCUUCAGCCCGCUCAUAACCGACGCCUACUUCCACUACACGCCCAGCCAAAUCAUGUUGGCCGCCCUAUCCCUCGCCGACCGCGGUCUCGCGGAACGUUUAAUAGCGGAAACCUUCCAUUACGUUGCGCCGCCAGCUAACAACAGCGGCGCCGACACCCCGGCUUCCUCGGGCCCCGACGCUCCCGCUCCCUCCAGGAGAUCUGCCCCACGGAGCGAUGGCGAAGAUAGGACCCAGAUAAUCGGCUCCCACAUCCGAGAUAAGGUGCUCGGCACGAUCGAGGCGUGCAGGGACAUGCUCUCGAAAGAACUUCCUGAGCGGAGGGAGCACUGGACAAAUAAAACCGUAAUAAAAGCCCAAAUCACACCUCUCAGGAAGAAACUCAACAAGUGUCACGACCCGGAACGGUGGAAUCUCGUCGAGCUGCAGCGCGCUCGCCGUGAGCAGGCAAGCAAAAAGGCUGAUUCAGAGGACGGGGAUGCCGAGGAUGGGCCCGCCGGGGGUACGGUUGAGGCCGACGGAGCGGUCUUUGGAGGGCCCCUACCGCGGGAUUCUAAGAGGAGAAAGGUAGGGAAAGGGCUGGAUGAUCCUUUCGGGCCGGCUUUGUGAAUAGAAAGGUCUCUGCGCGAUUGGGUACAAUACGGAAGCUGGCCGAGCGAUAGUAUCUUGUCAGUUAGCAUAACCGGCGUUUCGGAGGUAGAAGGGAAUUAGGUUUGACCGUCGGUCUGAGGCGGUUUCCAGAGCAUAGCGUUGGAAGGAAAAGCGAGCCUGACUAAUUCACGAGGGUUGAGCAAUUUCAAGAAGGGGGGGGGCCUGCACAAAACGCCUGCAGCUGUAUAGGAGUGGCGAGAUGACGGCCUAGCUAGUAGGAGGCACAUCGUCCGCUUCGCCAGUGUUGUGCCUCGAAGAGAUCAACAUAUAGUUGUGUGCUACUCAGCUCUCAGUACUAGUGCUAGUCUCGUGAAAAGCGGUAUUGUAC